AUGUUCAACCUGUUACCAAGUUUGGAUAGAGUUGUGCUUUCCCACAACAACAAUUUGAGUGGAUUACUUCCCCUCUCGCUUGGUAACUCUAAUGUGACGUGUUUACGGCUCAACAACCAAGGGGUAGAUGAUGGGUUUUCGGGUAGCAUUACCAUCAUAGCAUCAAUGAGGUUAUUAUCUCAAGCUUGGCUUAACGGCAACCACCUAUCAGAUUCUAUUCCUGCCAGCUUUGCUUCAACUAAGUUAUCUGAUCUGCAGCUUCGGUCAAAUUACUUGACUGGUUUGGUUCCACGUUCCCUAUUCAAUCUCAUUAGCUUGAAGGAGAUCUCCUUGGAUUAUAAUUUAUUAGAAGGGCCAGUACCUAUGUUUGACAAGCAUAUUAAAGCAACCUGGGAAUCCAAUAAUUUUUGCCGGAGUGAUGUGGGACCCAGUGAUCCCCAGGUCACGAUCUUUUUUGUGAUUUUUGAGUCUUUUGGAAUUUCCGGGAAUCCGCUUUUGUUAGGAGGCAAUGAUGUUUGUACCAACGUUACGACACUUAUCAAGUGUCAAAGAGGGAAAGUUGUCAGUCUGGAUUUGGCUUUGGGGAUUCAAUAUCAACUGGUUUUAAACGGAACAAUCUCUCCUGCAUUUUCAAAUUUGACUAGUUUAGUCAACUUAAAUCUGUCUGGGAAUAAUUUGACUAGUCCAAUACCAGAAAUUCUAACAACUUUGCCUCAUCUUAAGCUUCUAGAUGUUUCAAACAAUAAUCUCUCAGGACCCAUUCCAAAAUUUCCCUCCAAGGUCAAGAAGAUGUAUCCUACGUUGAUACAAAGGGGGAUGUUCAAAGAAACAGUAAACCCAAAUAAACUUAAAGUGGAAGAUUUCAAUGAAAGAUGUAAUUUGUCGCCAAUUAAGCAAUAUAGUUAUGCUGAUGUGCAAAAAAUGACGAAUUCCUUUAAAGAGAAACUAGGAGAAGGAGGAUUUGCUGUUGUCUACAAAGCAAGCUUACCAGAUGGUCGUCCAGUAGCUGUGAAGAUAAUAAAUGAUGGAAAGGCAGAUGGACAAGAUUUUAUGAAUGAACUAGACAGUAUUAGUAGAACCGCCCAUGUGAACAUUGUGUCACUUUUGGGGUUUUGCUGCGAGCACAAAAUAGCACUCAUUUAUGAAUUCAUGACCAAAGGAUCUUUGGAUAAAUUCAUAAUGAACACUGGACUUCCUGAUGGUAUAUGCAGUUUGGAUAGGAACACCAUGUGUAAAAUUGCAAUAGGCAUCGCUAAGGGACUGGACUACUUGCAUCAAGGAUGUGCUUCGAGGAUUGUGCAUCUGGAUAUCAAGCCCCACAACAUUCUGCUGGAUGAUGAUUUUUGCCCAAAAAUCGCUGAUUUUGGACUGGCGAAAAUCUGCCAAAAGAAUGUUAGUGCUAUGUCUGGUGUAGGAGGGACUAGAGGUUAUAUGGCGCCAGAAAUAUUUGAUAAGCACAAAGUUUCUGAAAAAUCUGAUAUAUAUAGUUAUGGAAUGUUGAUUAUUGACAUGAUUGGAAGAAGAUACAAUAACAACGCUGGUGGUUCAGAUAAUUCUGAAUACUUUCCAGACUGGAUCUAUAAUGAUCUUCAACAAGGUAACAACCUUGUGAAUUCUUUUGAAAUUUCAGAGGAAGAGAAUGAUAUAAUACGAAAGAUUACUAUGGUGUGUCUAUGGUGCAUUCAGUUUAAAGCGUCAGAUAGACCAUCUAGUGGUAAAGUAGUUCAAAUGUUACAAGGAUCACUUGAGUCAAUACCAUUUCCUCGCAAACCUUCCCUAUACUCUCAAGAAGUCCCAUCUUUUCCCUCACCAUCUUCAAGCAGUUUUAUAGAUUCAAAAUCAGCAAGCUUGCUGAAGACUGGCUCUAUAAAAUCAGACAGUUAUUAA